CACACGCGCGCGCGCGCAUACACACGCGCGCACGCACAUGCGCGCGCAAUCAUCUUAGUUUAUUUUAGCGACGUGAAACGGUGAGAUGAAAAACGUUAUGACGGUAGAUUAUAAUGAUCGAUAUUACUUCUCACGAUCGACUUCUAACGUCAGGCUGUACAAAGUACAAGCGUCGAUUUUUACCAAAAGAAGAGACAUCGUCCAAAAGUUGUCGGACAAGACAAAACUACGAUCGACACCCGUUGGACUUGUUUUUACGUUUUACACUCGAAUACUUUUAUCACUUGGAAUGGAAUAAGUGUUGAUAGAACGAAUCGGAGAUUUUACUUGGAAACGAGGAUUCAGAUUUGAAUCGAUUUCGGCGAAAUGUCGAAUCAAAUUGGGGAGCAACGAGAUUGGCAAAGAAAAACGUCGAAGAAAGCUUGAAACAAAAAAUAAAGAUACGAACAGCGGAAUUUUCGUCGAUGUUACUGCUUUCAAAUUUGAAGAGGAAAGCGCGGAGAAGAUCCAUCGAAAGGGAAAUCGAAUGGUUGGAUCAUCGCUCAAAGUCUCUUGGCGAGAUGUAUCGUCUGAGAAUGGACGCUUUGUGCAACGAACGUCGCGAAAUGAGAAAACGACAUUUGGAUCGACUCGAGGAAUACGAUACGAAUAUUGAAUCGCUUUACGCGUGCAAAAUUAGUCUUCUGUUGAAAAAGAAUUGUAUCGACGAAGAAUAUGUCGUUCUUCAGGAUCGACUUCUUGUCCAACGUAGCUUGUACGAAAGAUCAAAGGAGGAAAACGAGUUGAACGCGGAGAAAAUUUUUUUAGCGAAUGUAGAAUAUUUUCGUCGAAAUCACGCGGCAAAAAUUAUUCAACGAAAUUGGAAAUUGUACCGUGCACGUGUACCUUUGAGGAAGAGAAGGAGCAAAAGAUUGACGUGCGGUUAGAAAGAUCUCUAUAUUUUCCGGAGCAAGGAGUAAGACGUAAUUUCGUAUCGCGUAACGUGCGACAUACUCGUGGUGCGAGAGGAAUUUUUAACGAGAUUUAACAACAUUUAACUGUACGUCGACUAUGCAUCAACUGUAUUGAUUUCCUACUAUGUUUAGAAAUCUUUCUCUCCCUCCUUCUUUCUCGCUCUCUUUUGCCUUUUGCCUUUUCCCUUUUCCCUUUUGCCUUUUCCCUUUUCCAUCUUUUCCCGUAUCGCUUGUGUUUCGCUUACCUUCGCUCUGCCAGAUAUCCAGAGUUUUUACUCUUAGGCGCGCGCAUCGCGUCUACGUUUGCAUCUUUAAGGAAGGAACGACGACCAGGCGUCUGAAUGAAUAAUGUUCGCGUCUUCGAGUAAUAGCAAGUAAUUUACAUCGAGUAUCUCAUACCGUGUAUGUACGAUGGAAGUAAGGAAACGUUUCGUUGCAACGUUUUAUAGUUUGUUUUUCUUUCGUUUGAAAAUUUGUCGCGUGAAUUUUUUCCGUCUCGUAUUUCCGCUGAUAAAUAUUUCCGUGCGACGAAACAGCCGAGACGAUGACAGUGAUCAGCAUCGUGUGUUCAGCAUCGUCAGCGCGGUAGAAAUUCUCGAGCGUGUAAAGACAUACAGGGUGACAUACAGGGUGAAAAGAGGAGGGUGAUAAAUUGUACAACUAGGAAGCAAGUAUAUGUACUUGACGAUCGUGCGGAGGUCGACGCAUGCUCGGAAACGUUUCCCCGGGGUGAUAUUCAGUGAGGCAAACUGAGCCAGCAGUCGCGAGCUUGGCAAACGUUCGAUCGUUACGAAGUGAAUCAGUGGUCGGGCGUACCGAGUAUAAUUUGGAUACAUGCGUAUCGAUCGUUAUCGCUCGCUCUCUUUCUUUGAAAAUACACAUCUUUCGCUAGCAACAGCGUCGUUUACUCUAAUCUAUUUGGUUCUAUUAGCCGCGCGAAAAUAUUCCUAUCUUGCUUUCACGCUCGCGAAAAGGAGUAAGAAAUAGAAGAGAAGAAAAAGGGAGAAGCGGAGAGAGAGAGAGAGAGAGA